AUGGAUGAUAUAGCAUGCAGUAUAUGCUUAUCAGAGUUUGAGAUUGAUGAAUCGGAUAUUGAUUCAAAACCACAUAGACUUCCAUGUAGUCAUAUAUUUCACAAAUCAUGUGCAGUAGAUUGGAUAUCAAAAACAAGAUCAUGUCCCUAUUGUCGUAAAGAUUUCUCAUCAAUCAACACAGAAAUUUUAGUGCAUGACCAUACAAUCACUAUUCUCUUAAAUCAAAUUAAAGCUUUAAAAACAUUAUCAGAUAAUAAAAUACCAACACCCAUUACAGCAACAAUAAAUAAUAAUAAUAAUAAUAAUAAUAAUAAUAAUAAUAAUAAUAAUAAUAAUAAUAAUAAUAAUAAUAAUAAUAAUAAUAAUAAUAAUAAUAAUAAUAAUAAUAAUAGCAAUAGUAAUAGUAAUAGUAUAGAAGAGGAUUUAAAUGAAUUAUUUGGAAAUGAAUUAAAAAUAGCAAAUGAAAGAAAUAAUUAUUAUAGAUAUGAUGAUCCAGUAUUGGCUGGUUUAAUUAAAGAUUCAUCUUAUUCACCAUCACCACAAUCAUCAAUGACAACAAAAUUUUCACCAGGUUCUUCAUCAACUUCAAAUAUAAAUUCUAGUAUUAAAAAAUAUAUGUAUUCUGAUCCAAAACCAAUUGUUGUUUGUGAUAUAAAUUCUACUCAGCCAUUACAACCACUACAACAACAACAACAACAACCACCACCACCAUCAUUAUUUUCAUCAACUACUACUACUACUAUUGUUUCUAAUAAACAACAAUUUAAUAAACCACCACAUUCACAUAGAUUAAAAAAAUUACAAUCAUCAUUUCAUUGGAAAUGUAACUACUGUUUUAGAGAUGGUGUUGGCUAUUCUGAGAUGUAUCAAUGUAUGGAAGGUUGUGGUAGUCAAUUUAAAUUGUGUAGAUAUUGUGUAAAGAAAUCAAAUACUCUAACCAUUCCAUUGGUAACAGAUUUAGAAGAACAUUAUAUGUCAUCACAUCAACAUCCACUCUAUUGUAUGUCACCCUCUGAUAUCUAUCCUUCUGGUGCUAAAUGUGAUUUAUGUAAUACAAACAUUUUUCAAUCUCAUGUUUAUCAUUGUACAACUUGUACAAACUAUGAUGUUUGUUCAAAAUGUUUUAAUAAAUCACCUGCUGGUAAUUUACCAAACCAUGGUAUUGUUAUUAAAGAAGAACUUGAACAAAUCAAAUAUCCAUCAAAUAACUAUACCAAUCAAUGUCAAACCCAACAACAACAACAACAAAAUAAUUUGGAACCACAAGACGAUUCACAUUUACCAAAUGUACUAUCAACUCGUUUCCAUAAAUUACCACUCACCAAAGUUCAAACACCACUUAUGGUUUAUAAUCAACCAACUUGGACUUGCAACAUUUGUAGAACUUUUCAUAAUCAAAUGUGGGAAACUUUCUAUCAUGAUGGUGAAUUUGACAUGUGUUUACAAUGUUACUAUAGAAAUAAUUACCGUUAG